AAGACUCUAAACGUAAACUUGUAUGUAUCAACUUCAAACGUCAAAUAGACCAUCGCAACUGUAGUUUUGAAGACAGUUAAAUUCAUCAUGGGCAGUAAUUCGAAAGACCUUGUCAUUCUUGGAAUAACGUGGUCGUGAUGAUAAUCCGAAGCUUAGAGCCUCAGAGCAGUAGAAAACGCAUGGCGUAACAAUGUGCCAAGAAUGAGUGUACUGCAGUAUAACGCGAGAGGAGACAAAGACAGAGAUAAUGAUAGCAGUAGUCAGUAGUGGUUAGCUAGCAGCGCCACACCAGUACCACACGGUGACAGCAGCAGUGAAAGCAGGAGCAACGGAGAUGCUGGUGGUGGCGGCAACUGAGAGCCAAGUGAACGUGUGACAGUAGAGAAGCAUCCAGCGAGAGUGAGACCGAGAGCGAAGGAUUGAAGCUCCGUGGAAGUGUGAGUGGGAGAGAGACAGAACAGCAGUAGAAACCCAUUCAUCUUGGCGCGCCUAGCCGGCUCGGGAUUGGUCCCCUGGUCGUAAGGUCAUGCACCGAUUGGUCCGUUCUGUUUACCAGCUGUGCUGCUCCAAGGAGAGGGGCUGCAAGAGACAAGCGGCGCCAUUAUUGUAAGGGGUUACAUUUAGCUGGCUGUAGUGUAGUACGCGGUGUUCUGGAUAGGGGGCUAUAGUACCUUCAUGCAUGGCCCAUAAAGGAUUCGUCGACUAUCCGAGAAGUACGCAAGAAACGGCAUCUAACACCUGACAAGCCGUGAUCUCCCAUUCUCCCGCGCCUUACAGCCCAAUUCCUGCGGGUUUUUAUCGACAGCUGUGGACGGAUCCUUUAACUGUUGUUGACGUUCUCGUGCAUUUAAAUAUUUAUCAUUAAUAACAACAUAACAAAUUAUUUGUUUUAUGUGACCGUAAUUGUGCCCAGUGUUUUGUUUAGUAAGAUAACGUCCAAGAAGAGGACGCAUUUGUAAAAGUGAUUUAGUAGAAGAACAGGGUGUGAUUAUUUCUAGUCUGUUUUUAGGCCUAAUAUUGAGUAACUUUCGUAAACGCGUUUGUUUGAAACUUGGGCUAAAAGCUGUUACUGUUUUAGCAUGAUGUGUUAUGUGCCCUGUUGCAUAAGUGCUAAUAAAAGUGAGGAUAAAGUACCGAUAAAGAGAGUUUGAGCGGGGAAGGGUGUGCGGCAUUACCAGGAGAAGGGGGAUCCCAGCAAACGCAUGAAAACAUAUCGCAGAUUGUAAAAAGGACACGUUUUGUGAAUUUUGAUCAAAAAGUGACACAAAAUAGGCAUAUUCAAUGAAAUUAGUAUGCUUUGAGUUGGAAUAAAAGGUUAUUGGCGUUUUGCAAGUUAGGAUGAUGGGUUCAGAUAAUGCCCAGGGCAGAUGUUGACUGCCCUGCAUCGGGUGCUGGAUUCGCUUGCGCAGCGAUGAGUUCUAAGUUCAUAAUCGAUAGUAUGCUACCUAAGUAUCACCAGCAAUUUCAUCAUCAACAGUUAUUUGCCACUUCUAAUUCGAAUUCCCUUCAGACUUGCUCAGGUGGUUCAUCUACCGCGAGCCUAGAGUCGAGCCUAUCGGCAGCAGCCGCAGCUGCUGUCAAUUACGCACAUCACAGUUCACCCUCACCAACAGGCUCUAGUCCACAGCAUUCAGGAAGUUCUGCCUCUACAUCCCCGGCGGCAAGAACUGCAUCUAGUAUGUACCCUUACGUAUCCGCAGCCGCGGUCCAUCAUCAUCAUCAGCAGCAACAAGCAGUUGCAGCAGCAGCUUUUGGUGCAACCUCCUCCAUGGUCCCUGGAUUUGGCUCAUCCGUAGCUUCUAGCGCCGCAUUGGCAGCAGCUGCUGCUGUUGAUGCUGCUAAUGGCGACAAAUCAUGUCGAUACACAGCCAGUCUCACAGGGAACGUUGCGCCUAGUUCUACAGAUCCUAUAGUCAAUUACAACCUAAGUCAUCAUCAUCAGAAUGGUGCGACUUCCAGUGGUCUCGUUUCAUCAUCACCUUCUUCAUCGGCAGUAUCCGCGGCUUCAGCUUCUAUGGCAGCAGCGGCCCAAUUCUACCAUCAAGCCGCCGCAGCGUCCGUGGUCGAUCCACUGACAUCCUGCCAGCAACCCACUCCUGGACAACCGGGAAUACCCGACAUUCCUAGAUAUCCUUGGAUGUCUAUCACAGAUUGGAUGAGUCCAUUCGACCGGGUCGUGUGUGCCGAAAAUUUCCUUCCAGGUCCAAACGGAUGUCCAAGACGUAGAGGUCGACAGACGUACACACGAUUUCAGACUCUCGAGUUGGAAAAAGAGUUUCACUUUAACCACUACCUUACGAGACGACGGCGAAUAGAAAUAGCCCAUGCCCUUUGUCUUACAGAACGACAGAUAAAAAUUUGGUUUCAGAACAGGCGGAUGAAGCUGAAAAAGGAGCUCAGAGCGGUGAAGGAAAUCAACGAGCAGGCAAGACGAGAGCGUGAAGAGCAAGACAUGAUGAAAAAACAACAGGCCGAAAAACAAGCGAAAAUGCAAGAGCAGCAAAACGCUCUGCAGCACCAGCAGCAUCAUGUGAGUGGGUUAGAUAAGACGCAGAAUGAUCUCCUCAAGGGUGUAAGCAAAGUACCGACAUAGGUAGUAGAGUAAAUGUGAGUCAAUAUUUGUUGUCAUUAAUCCCUAAGACAACGAAAGCUGUAAAUUAAAGACACGCGUCCAUGCGCUACCACUGGGAUUUAUACUUCCCACGAAAACGUACUUACCUGGUUCUCCAGGACGAGGGUAAGCCUCGAUCAGCCACUCGGCGACUGUUUGACUGAUUUGUAGAAUGUAUUUUUAAAAAAUAAAACAAAACUAAAACUAGAGACAACGAUCAAUAAAAUAAUAACUGACUUUGAAAGAAUUAAAUGGAGACAGAGAGAGUGGAAAUUACGAUACUUGUUUGUGAAACUCGACAUUUUUCGUGCCACUGUGUAAAAAUAACUGAAUCCGUCACGUUCCGCGGUAAGAAUUUAAAAUAAAAAAGCCCAUGGUUAAAAAAUAUGAACCCGCACUCAUUGGACGCUAGUAGUGUUUUCAGUGAUAGAUGUCACGUGAUCAAAUUACGUUUAAUGAUGAAUGUAACUAGUAUAUAUAUGUAUGAAUUUAUUGGUUACAUUGACUACCGACAAAGCAGUUCAAUGGUCGAUCUCUUUGCCGCAUAAAAUAUACGGAUCUGAGAGCCGGUCGUCAAACGACCGUUUAGUUGAUUUUUAGUGCGAGCCUGUAUCAUCGACUGCUGUUGGUUUAUUUUAUAUAUAUGUGUAUGUAUGUGUACAUAUGUGUAAAACUUUCAUGUGCAUAAAAUAAACGAUGCCAAGAAAGAAGCAGAUAAUACCAGCAUGAAUCUUUAGAAGGACAGUCGGUAUCGAUUACGCGCAAGUUCUCUGGGUACGAUAAAUGCCAGCUUCAAGGUGGGCUGGUUCUUUGAUAUCCGGUGAAUUGACGAUCAUAUCCUCGAGACUAUCACCUAUACUAUUUACACAUAAAUACUUACUGAUUACGUAGACACGUGACAUGGAGCCAGUGAACGACUUUCUGGAACUGAAAACUAGGAUACUAUUGAAAGUUAUCAUUGAAAAAUAAAUAUCGGAAAUCCCGGGUAAAAAUUUUUGGCCAAAAUGUCGAAAUUUUGCUAAAGUCAUACCGAAACCGUAGAAUUUUUUUCGAAAGAGGCCGAAAUUUGGCCGAAAACAACCGAAAUUUGAUUAUUCGUAAAAAUUAACCCGAAAAUUGGCCGAAAAGUCUAAAUUUUGCCGAAAUCGUAUCGAAACCAUAGAAUUUUCAUUCAAAGAGACCGAAAUCUCACUGAAAAUGUAGAAUUUUAGUGAAAAAGGUUGAAAAAUAGCCGAAAACAUCCGAAAUUUUAUUAUUCUUAAAAAGCAGCUCGAAAAUUGGCUGAUAAAUUUUUGUUGGCCAAUUUUCGACUUUUUUCAGAUCUAAAUAUCGGCCAUUUUUCGCCUUAGCCAGUUUUCGGACCUGUCUUCACUACCUGGGCCACUUUUCGGCGGAAAAUUUUGGCUUUAAAUUUUUUUACCCGGAAUCAAAAAAAUGCAUCGUCGAUAAUACUGAUAUUAAACGUCCUCUCAUUAUAUUUUUUAUUUUUUGAAAUUUUUUGUCUGUUGCAAUUAGAAAAUUUAUAUUGUUUAUUAUUUAUUUUUUUUUUUUUAAUGUUGACUAAAAAAAAUAAUUUUUUU